AUGGCGUUGAAUACCAAUGGUCGUUCCGGCACUGCCGGCCACCAGAAAAGGACUGGUUAUUGGAGCUGUGAGGAAAAGGCAUAUCUUGAUGAAUUGAUCAAACAGUUCAUGGAUGGAUCCCUGGUAGGAUUGGAGAAUGGAACCACCCUUCGUUCUCACCUGGCGGCGCGGCUCGACUGCCAUGUAAAGAGAAUCUCGAAAAGAGCUGAGAAAAUUGCAAAGGGAAUAUACAAUGGUCGAAGUACGUAUGUUGGGAAGGAUUUCACGUUGGAGGAGAGCAACGAUAGGGGUUGCAAACUGGAGAGGCUAAGGCGGGCAUUCUUGGAUCAACUAGAUUAUAGGGAGGAACUACAAGACCCAAAAGGAAACGUGUUUAAGCGGGCGCUUGGGCUUGACUCUCCUGAUGAGAAAGUUGCAAGAGCUGAAGGUAGCAAUCCAAAGAAUGAACUGGCACCUUUCAACGGCAAAGAUCAGAAACCCUUGAGUAUUGCCUCCGUUGGCAACUUAGCCUUGCUUCAUGGGAAUGACCAAUUCUGGCCUUCUGAAAUGGACCGCCAGGUGGAGUUUCUCUCAACACUGAACAAGCCAUCAUCUACUGCCUCUCUACCACGCCAUGGGCAUGCCCCAGAGGCUCCUUCUGGCUCCAUUCGUAAUAAUGGGAGAGUCCCCAUGGCAACUGCCCUCAAGUCUCCACCGGGUCAACCACACCACCAGACUCCUCCAUCCGUUGGGGUACCAACAAGCAGUGCUGCACAUGUGGCCACACAAAUAUCGUCUUUUAGUAAAACUACAACUAAUAGCAGGGUCCCAGUGGCAGCAACAGCAGCAAGACUGCCAGUCACAUGUUCUAGCCAAGCUGUUCCUGAAUCCAGCGAUGACAUUAUUAUGGCAGGCAUGAAACUGAAACGUGCCAUAAUCAAGAAGCGCAUCCUGUCCCUGACACCACCCCAAGGCAUGGUUGGUCAUUCAUCAUCAUCCGCACGUACACCGCUCAGCCAUGCCAACAACUCUGUUGUUGUUGUUCAAGUACAACUGACCCUGAAGCUUCUUGGUCAGUUGGACCAAUCUGGAUUGUUUUCGGGUGGUGAUGAUGCUAGUAUCCAUACCAUGAGAUUGGCAUUGAAAUUGCUGCGUCAAGUGACGGCGACCAUCACCACAACAACAGCAGUCAAUGAUACUCGUGCAUCGUUUUCUGCCGUUCCACUUCCUCCUGAGGAGGAGCCCAUUCCCAAACGAGCCAGGCUUAACUACUAA